AUGUUAAGGAUCUCAGGUGCAUCAAAAUCAUUCACGAGGACAUAUCUUGCACCCAAAUUGGAACAUCUAACGAAAGGAAAGGGCCUUCCUGGCCUCUUCUCCGCCAAUGGGCUGCAGACAGCGUGGUUUGACAGAGCAGAUUUUUACACUGAAAAUUUGAACAGAUUCGUUAGCCAGACAGAGGAAAAGCCAUUGGAGACUAUCGUUUUUGAAAACGCUAAAUCAGCUGCUAAGCGUGAUAUUUUUAACUAUGCGUCCCUUCUAUACAAUUUACGGUUUUCAAUGUCGUCCCUUCAUGGUUGUAAUAAAGGACUUCCUACCGAGAAACCAGAUGCGGGUGCUCCUUUAGCAACCCCUGCCCUAGACCUCAAGUUCCAAAAUGAACCUCUAGAAACAGGUAACGAGAAACUGCAUGCAGCUCUUAUCUCGUCGUUUGGAUCAAUUGUGGAGUUUAGAUCUCUGCUAUUAAAUUCCAACUUAGCAAUCUCUGGUGACGGAUAUACUUGGUUAGUCGCAAGAAAACAUACCACAUUGCACCGCGAUUCGCAUUUAGCUGGCAUGGUGGAGUUUGAUAAUCUCUUUGUUCUCAACACGUACAAUAGUGGAUCUCCCUUCAACUUUAAUAAGGUCAGGUACAUGGAAGACUUGAAGAAACAACUCGCUAAGAAGCAACCCCCCAUUGAGGAAGAAGAAGAUGAGGAAAGUCCGUUCCAAAUAAAGAGCAUCGAAGAGGCCAGACAGACGGAAUCAUACAAGGACACUACAUAUGUCCCUCUACUUGCGAUCGAUGCCUCUCCAAAGGCUUGGCUACAAGACUAUGGCGUAUUCGGUAAGCAAGAUUACCUCGAACGGGUUUGGGAGUCCAUUGAAUGGAACAUUGUAGAGCAAAGACUUCCUCCUAAAGCACCAAACCAUCAACUCAAUAUAUAG